GAAUCUUACUACAGAGGUGGUGCACACUGCCUAGUUUAUAAUUUAAAAUCUGGGUGGCGGAGAAUCGAUCGUUUGAAUAAUGCCGGUGACGCUGCGUCUUUUCCACGACGGAGUGUCCAGCCUCACAAGCAAGUUCAACGCGCGGGUGAAGCAACACGCAGACUACCAGAGCAACUGCGCCUUCAGCGACUGGCAGGGGCCUGGAAGUACAUAUAAGUUAACGAAAUACUCAGAAAAUUACGGCAGGCCAGACCCCAACAGUAAGUCAGCGGCGCGUGCUAGAGAGGCUCAGCUUAGCAUCAUGACUGAAAUACGGCAUCUCUGCUACAUGAUCUUCGAGUGUGCAGAAUGGAAAAGCAAGGACGGUUUUGCCGCAAUAACUUUUGGGCGACUUUUUAGCAUUUACAAGAACAUCUCCGACAAGCUCGUAGGCACGUUGCUGCGGGCCAGGAAGCAUGGGUUCCUGCACUUCGAAGGAGAGAUGCUCUACCAGCGGCGCGACGACCACAAGAUCAUCGAGCUGAGCAGCAACAUCAACUCCAUCAGAGCACGGUUCGGUGAGCGCCCUCUGGUGGCCGGCGGCGGAGAGGUGCAAUGCAAGGCAGACGACUCUCCCGGGCGAUGAAAUUCCAAUGGGGCCGAAGAAGGCUUAAGGCUUCAGCGACCCGCUGAUUUAAGCAGAAGAUUUUGGCGGCUCGACAUGUGGAACAAGAAAGAAACUUGAAUCGGAAAGAAAAAAUAAUUGAAGGGGCAUUGGAACGGAUAGGCAGGGAGCAGAAAAGCUACGAAUAAUAAUACAACGAAGAGAAAAAUGAGCAUCGUCAAAGUCACAAUCGUCAUUUUACAAUACGAAAACGUCGAAAAUUACAUUUUUAAAACAGCUGGAUUACUAUAUUUAAUUAUUGAACGCUUGCGAAGGGCGAUCUUCUAGUAAUAAGCACAUAGAUCGCUUACCGAAAGAGUGUCAGGAAAUCCUCAAAAUAUAAUAUAUGAUAUGAAAAAAUAUAGGAUGAAAAAAUUAUGAACAUUGGCCAAAUUCUGAGUUGAGAGAGAGAAGGAAGAAAAUGAACAAAGGUGAAGGAACGACGGGUGCGAAAAUGAAUAUUGCCACUGCAAGAUGAAGAAAUAUAAUUAAAGACUUUGAAUUGAAAAAAGUGAGGGCUAAAUUACAUUUUGGUAGAAAAAGGACUUAGAUUCCGGCAUUACUAGGAGUCUUUCAGGGACGCCUUCGGGAAGACCUCCGGGGAGACUUUCGAAGCAGACCUUAGGCAAAGAUCCUCGGAAAGAAUUUCAGAGGAGACCUCAGACCUUCAGAUGAGACGUAACGUUUGAGAACUUGGGAAGAGACACUUUGCGAGACCAUCAGAUUAGAACAACGAAGCAGACCAUCUGGGGCGAUUUCAUAGGCAGACUUUUGGAGUUGGGUAACUUCAGUAUAGAAAGCACAGGGUAAGCGAGGAGGAGAGAUAAGAACGGGAGAAGAUGACAGGAAGGCAAUAGGUAACUGUUGGGAGAUAUAGGUUAAUUUCCUGAGUCCCUGCCCUGCAAGCCGCGUAAUGACUGCAUGAAACGCCUUCAAGAACAGACUAGACGAAGCUAUGCAGGAGCAUAUGUUCAGUC